UCUAAUUCCAACGUGAAAUAGUUUUUUUAAAGCUAAAUAUGUAGAUAAAUAUUUAAAUUUAAUUGAACAGUUAGUGUUGUAAUAUAGUAUAAAGUGCUACUGAUCCGGACAUCGAUCAUGGAACAUAGUAUAAAAUGUGAGACAGACGUUGCCGGAACGGACAGUGAUAGCCAGACGAGCUUUACUUUGCCUGUACGAGCGGAGUUUAAACGCAAUAGAAGAAGCAUUAAUCUCGACCUAAAAAUGACUGUUCUACGUCUGUAUGAAUCGGGCCACCAAGGAAUUGAAAUAGCCCGUAUGCUUGGUUUGCCAGCAUCCACUGUCAGGACUAUACGUCAAAAUGCUGACAAAAUCAAAGCGGGUGCAAAAAAUGCGACACCGUGGGUUGCAAAGAAGAUUACACGCAGCAGAAGUGUGCACAUGGAAACGAUGGAAUCAUUAUUAGCUUCGUGGAUUGAAGAUCAAAAUCAAAGAAAUUCGCCUCCUGGCACCGCAGCGAUCCAGAUGAAAGCGAAAUCUAUUUAUGAUUGCCUAGUGGCUGAAGAUGGGGGCUCAAGUAAAACCGAAGAGUUCGGCGCUAGUCGGGGUUGGCUGGAGCGCUUCAGGAGGCGAACAAAUCUUAGCUCCAUUAAUUCCCAAGGGGAAGUUCUGAGCAAUGAUACAUCUGUUGCCCAAAGAUUUCCAGAAGAGUGGCAAAAUAUUAUUGAGGAGGGUGGCUAUUCCCCAAAGCAAGUGUUUAAUGUGGAUGAAACUGGUCUCUACUGGAAACGUUUGCCAUCCAGAACCAGUGUGUCAAUGGCUGAAAAAAACGCACCAGGUUUCAAAGCUUCAAGAGACAGGCUGACAAUCAUUCUUGGAGGCAACGCCGAAGGAGACUUUAAGUUCAAACCCAUGGUGGUGUAUCACUCUCAGUCACCCAAAGCAUUGAAGGGCUACUCAAAGGAACACUUGAGGGUCACAUGGAGAAGCAACAAAAAGUCCUGGGUGACCGGUACUCUGUUUGAAGAGUGGAUCAAUGCCUAUGCCGUACCGGCAUUGAAAGACUACUGUCUUAGAGAAAACCUUCCCUUCAAAAUUCUGUUUGUUUUAGAUGGUGCUCCCAGUCACCCUCCGCAUCUUUUGAACAUAUCGGACGAUUUGAAGUUUGUGUUCCUCCCUUCCAACACCACCUCUCUUCUUCAGCCCAUGGACCAGGGUGUCAUUAAGAUGUUCAAGGCCUGCUACCUGCGCCAUACCUUCCAGCAACUUCUAGAUGCUUGUACUGGGGAAGGUAAGCCAACUAUGAAAGAGUUCUGGCUUGAAUAUGACAUUCUCAUGGCUAUUGACAAUAUAGCAGAUGCCUGGGACGAGGUAAACAAGUCUUGCAUGAAUUCAGCCUGGGAAAAACUUUGGCCGGAGAGUGUUGCUGAUUGUGAUGGUGUGGAACAAAUUUUUAUUGAGAUAGCCAUUAUAUGCAAACAAAUCACAGAUAUGGCGCAAGAUGCAGGCUUUACUGGAAUGGGAGAAGGUGAUAUACAAGAUUUGUUAAAUUCACACAGAGAGGAGCUUUCUCCUGAGGACUUUCUAGAGCUAGAAUCACAAAGAGCUGUAGAAGAUGAGGAGGAAAGCUCUGCUGUGGCCACUGCAUCCAGAGUUUUUACUGUUAAACGACUAGCUGAAUUUUUCAAACACAUUGAUGCUGCCAUGGCCAUCAUCAACGAGGAUGAUGCCAAUAGGGAGCGAAGUUGCAAGGUUGCCAGGGCAGUAGCCAAUGAAAUCAUUUGUUACAAAGACAUUUAUGUGGAGAAAAAGAAGCAGAAGAGGGCAGAGCGAAAUUGGUCCAGAAAAGAUGAAGGAAACUAGCUCAAGCGUGUGCAUAAAGUAGGGGGAACAAUAAGUUACUAUAGGGAUUUUUCUUAUAAAUUGAAUCACAUUUUAAUUCUCUCAUGGAAAUUUCAUUCUACUUUCUCUUUGUGAAAGUAGACAAAAUUGUUUUAGCAAGAAAAAUGUUAUUUUCUUUUCACGGUAUUUUAAGCAUACAUUUAUUCAAUAUCAAGGCUGGUCACGGCAGCUUUAUCUUUCAAACUGGG